CCCGGUGUCUAGGGCGGAUUAGGGUGGAUACCAUGCAUAUGGGGGACAUCAUCAUGAGAUUUGCCCGCCACUUCGGCGUGGAUGUGGACCGAUGCUCCAUCAUCGGGAGGACCGAGCCCUUCCAGUGGCUGCACUUUACAACCAGCAGUUGGUACUUCAGGAGAGGGGCAUUGGGUACCUCGAUGGGCUCCGACCUUCAGGAUCCAUGAAUCCAGCAUUUGACCCUGCUCCAUUGGAGCCAGAUGUAGGGGUUCGACACCCAAAGCAGCCACCUGCUCGAGCACCCGGCAACUGCCAGCGUCCUGCACACCAGCGCCCCAUACCACCACCACCAGCAGCUUCAGCACCCAGGCCAGCGGGUGAUCCCCUCGUCCAUAGGGUGGAUCGCCAUGAGACCCACCUUGGGGGAGUGACUUCUCGCCUCGACCGACAGACGGACCUCCUCGAGCAGAUGGCUAGACGCCAGGGUCUCAAUCCCGAUGAUGAGCCAGGGCCUUCGACCUAGUGAUGUAGCCGACGAGGGAGAUAUGUGGCGAAGCCGAUUCCUUUUGCCCCACUACUCCACUUGGAACUCUGAACUCUUUUGUUUUAUUUUUCUUUCAUUUGUUUGUAUGACCAUAAACUACUACUACUAUCGUAUUGUGUUUUGUAAUAACCUCUCCUUGAGCGAGUCACAUUGUGUUUGUGUGUGUUUUGUAUUUUCCUUGAAGCUCUGAAUCUCCUACCCCAUAAACAAUUCCAACUUUCACUCACCAAGCAAAGCGGAAACGUUGUUCUACCCCUAUCUUACGCCAUUGAGGGCAAUGUCGAGCUUAAGUGUGGGGUGGGAUGGGGGGGGUAGUCUACUUUUAUGCUUGUGUGAGUGUGAUUGAUGCUUGGAGCCUUGAUUUAUGCCCAACUUUGAAAAAUUUGAGUGCUCCAAACAAUGUUUGCAUGAUCAAAGUGGUCGGUUUGUAGGAGAAUCUUGUGGUUAUUGGCAUUGAGUGAUCGAGUACGUCCUAUGAUGAUGAUUGAGAGAUGCAUUAGGAUAGUGCAAAGGUUUAGUUCUCAUGUGUGCAAAAAUGAAUGGAUGUUUUGACU